UGCGCUUUAUGCCCGCUCCCGGGCGGGCAGGCUGGCGGUCGCGCGCACUCUCCUCGGCUCGCUCCCUCAUUCAUGUUCCGGGGCUGGCGCCGUGUCGCGGCACACCCGGGCUCUACGCGCCAUUCAGAUUCCCGCGGCGUGCUUCAGGACGGAGCGUAUGCGCUAUGCAUCUUCCCGGGCCGGCGGAUGGGGUUGUAGGCUUUUUUGGUCGCUUCUUUUCCCCGAAGACAGCCGCAUCUCUGGAAAGGGAAAGGAAUAAUGGUGACUCUAGGACAGUGUGUGCAGUAACACUACAGCACAGGCGGAGACGCUAAUUCAGCGAGGGUUUUAAGGGCUCUGUAGCGACAAGACGCAGCUGACCGGCACAGAAGAGAAGGCGCAAGGCGGCGAGGCUUCAUUCGACGGCCAAGCUUCAGAAGAGAGUCCGCGGAUGAGCGGCGAGCAAACAGGCCUUAAGGCGGCUGCAUUUGGCGACACUCGCGGCGCAGAACGUGCCACACCAGAGCUGAAGCCGAGGCGAGGGAGGACAGGCCAGCGCAGGCCGCGACGCUGAGAAGGAACCCGGAAGGUCGCUGCCUCAUCGUUCAAAGAUUUGAGACCAAGAGGUGAUGGUUGCCAUCUCGAGGCCUGCAGCCGGUUACCAUUGGGGCACAGCAGCGAAGCAUCAGUUAAGUGGCACCAGUUGCCCCCUUGCUGCCAUGGCACCUUUUUAAGCUUGUUGAAGUGCCCGCAUGAAGGAAGAGCACUCGAUGAUCUAGUGUAUAGACCUUGCGAACGCUGCAUUCCCACACUCGCGCCAGGAUGACGGAGGCCUGGCAGCAGCACGCAGUGGCGACGCCCCCGGUGGUCCACGCUAUUCCUCCGGGCGCCGAGAACGCACUCGGGUGUGCGGUUUACGGAAUCGUCCUGCAGCCCGAUCCAGCCCUCCAGCAGCAGGCGGCACAGCAGCAGCAGUCCCAUGCCGGCGGCGCUCAGGGGCAGCAAGCGGCCUUGCAGGUUGGGGAGGGCAGCCACAAGUGUGGAGCCUGCGGCCACGACAUCUCCCACCUCGCCAAUCCGCACGAGCAUCAGUGCAUGGUGAACCAGGACCGCUCCUUCCAGUGUACCCAGUGCCUCAAGAUCUUUCACCAAGCCACCGACCUGCUGGAGCACCAGUGCGUGCAAGUGGAGCAGAAGCCCUUCGUCUGCGGGGUCUGCAAGAUGGGCUUCUCCCUCCUGACGUCGCUGGCGCAGCACCACAACGCCCACAGCAGCGGAAACCCCAUGAAGUGCUCCAUCUGCGAGAAGACGUACAGACCCAGCUCGGCGGGCGCGGGCAACACCACCCCUACCUCCUCCGCCAGCAACCCGCAGCAGCCUUCGGCGGAGGUGCCCGACCGCUCAGGGGCGGUCGUAGGCGGCAGCGCCAGUGCGGUGGCGGCGGGGGCCCUGGUCGUGGGCGCUUCCGCCCCGACAGAGUUCGAAGCCUCGUCCCCGGACCGGCCCUACAAGUGCUCCAUCUGCCAGAAGGGCUUCCGCCACCUGUCGGAGCUGUCCCGCCACGAGCGCGUGCACACCGGGGAGAAGCCCUACAAGUGCGACGCCUGCGACAAAAGCUUCAGCCAGUCGUCUCACCUGGCGCACCACCAGAGGACCCACAGCGCCGAGCGGCCCUACAAGUGCGCCGCCUGCGAGAAGAGCUUCAAGCACCGCUCCCACCUGGUGCGCCACAUGUACGCCCACUCAGGCGAGCACCUGUUCAAAUGCAACCUCUGCGAGAUGCACUUUAAGGAGUCGUCGGAGCUCCUGCACCACCAGUGCACCCCGGCCGGGGAGAGGCCCUUCCGCUGCACCACCUGCGGCAAGGGCUUCAAGCGGCCCUCGGACCUGCGCCAGCACGAGCGCACCCACUCGGAGGAGCGGCCCUUCCAGUGCGAGGAGUGCCAGAUGAGCUUCAAGCAGCAGUACGCCCUGGUGCGCCACCGCCGCACCCACAAGACGCACGACCGGCCCUUCAAGUGCAACCUCUGCGACAAGGGCUUCAUGCAGCCGUCCCACCUGCUCUACCACCAGCACGUGCACGGCAUCGAGAGCCUCUUCAAGUGCGCCUCCUGCCAGAAGGGCUUCAGCCAGUCCGGCGACCUGCUGCGGCACAAGUGCGGGGGGGUGGCGGCCGCGGCGGGCGCCGAUCGGCCCUACAAGUGCGACGUCUGCGGCAAGGCCUACAAGAAGUCGUCGACGCUGCAGCGGCACCAGAGCUCCCACUGCGCCGAGAAGCCCCUCAAGUGCACGCUGUGCGACCGCCGCUUCCUCUCCUCCUCGGAGUUCGUCCAGCACCGCUGCGACCCCGCCCGCGAGAAGCCGCUCAAGUGCCCGGACUGCGAGAAGCGAUUCAAGUACGCCUCGGACCUGCAGCGCCACCGGCGGGUCCACACCGGCGAGAAGCCCUUCAAGUGUCCCAGCUGCGACAAGGGCUUCAAGCAGCGCGAGCACCUGGCCAAGCACCAGAGCGUCCACGCACGCGAGACCCAGUUCAAGUGCGUGUGGUGCGGCGAGCGCUUCGGGGACUUGGGGGCGCUGCAGGAGCACAGCGUACAGCACACGGCCGAGGGCGGGGGCUACUCGGUGCCGCCCUGCAUACAGUGAGUGGCCCGCUUUCUCUGCUUGUUGCCUCCCGCUGACUUGCUGAACUUUCAGAAUCCCACCCGGCCCGGUGAGGUGGCACGCACACACACACACACACACACACGUAGCCCGAAGGGAAAACCAUGGUGGGCUCCAAAGGGACACCUCAUUGACCUGACGGACUGACCAAAGCGUGCCAGGUGGCAGCCGGGACUUGCUGUGCUUUGGAAGCUCAAGUGCCACCUUUGGAUGGACCCCCUUGUGAGCGUUAGGGUCCUGCACGUCCGGAGGGCAGCGGUGCCCAGAAAGCCCUGACGCGUCAAAUGCCGGUGCAGGACCCAAGCUGCAUUCUGCUCCCGCCAGUUUCGUUUCGGCCCCCCUCAUUAACGUUUUCGUGUUGCCCACGGGCCUCCACAUAUCUGCGCCGAGGAGCGUGCAGGUGGCAAAGUCAUUUCCUGUUCUAUUCCCAGGCAUCGGAGAUGCAGUACAGAGAAGGGCCACGAGGGCAGGACUGGCAUCCCUCUGGCCCGCUGACCUUUGUUGUCCAUGUACAGACGCCCAGACGUUCCCUCAUCUUCGUAGAGCAUGCACACCUUUGUCUUUGAUGCCCCGUGUAAGUGGUUCUCCGUAGCCAUUGCCAGAGAAUGUGUACCCCUUUGAGUUGUUUCAGCCGUAGUUUGUGACGAGAUGUUAGCGCCUACCGUGUUGCGAUGGAUGUACAUUCAACUAAAUGAUCUCUAUGUAGCAUUUCAUAUUCAUAGCACUAACAAAUAAACCUUUUUCAAGAA